CACAGACCCGGGUUCAAGUCUCACUUCUACUGCUCAUUAGGGUCUUUGGACAAAGUACCCCAGCUCUCUGUGCAGCUAACCUGCAAAAUUCCAAGAAUAAUCCAACCUCGGGGGACUGGCGAGGAUUCAUCAGGUGCGUGAGAUGAGCGUGAAACUCGUGCUCCCUUAUUCUGCUCCUAACCGCCCUGUCUCCUCCACCAGGGUGUGAGCGUCUGUGGGGGUAGGAACCGUUUCUGAGCUACAGGAUACUCUUUUAUCCCAGUGCCAAAAUAGUGCUUUGCCUAUUAUAAAAAAUGAGAGAAAUAAAAUAAAAGCGAAUUUAUAUGUGACCCAGAAUCUAGAACAGAGCUCUCUCUCUCUCAGCAAGGCCUAUUAGCUAAAAAAGUUCUGCUGCUCUCUGUCCUCCGAACAAAGACUUGUUCUGUGUCCCCAGACAGUAAAUAAAACAGUUCCUGUCCACACACGGAAACAAACAGAAACUGAACUGAACACCGAAACUGAAACUGUUUGUCUCUUCCUGAGAAACGAGCAAACCUGAAAGGUGCUCUCUGAGCUUCAGAGAGAAAAAAUGGUUGUAGAUCUCCGGACUUGGGAGCAGACAUUUCAAGAACUAAUCCAAGAGGCAAAACCCUGGGCCAAAUGGACGCUGAAGUUGGAUGGAAACCUUCAGCUAGACUGCCUGGCUCGAGGGUGGAAGCAAUACCAACAGAGAGCAUUUGGCUGGUUCCGGUGUUCUUCCUGCCAGCGAAGCUGGGCUUCCGCCCAGGUGCAGAUUCUGUGCCACACGUCCUGGGAGCACUGGACAUCUCAGGGCCAGGUGCGUAUGAGGCUCUUUGGCCAAAGGUGCCAGAAGUGCUCCUGGUCCCAAUAUGAGAUGCCUGAGUUCUCCUCGGAUAGCACCAUGAGGAUUCUGAGCAACCUGGUGCAGCAUAUACUGAAGAAAUACUAUGGAAAUGGUGCGAGGAAGUCUCCGGAAAUGCCAGUAAUCCAUGAAGUGGCCCUGGAAGGAUCCCAUGACACAGCCAAUUGUGAGGCAUGCACUCUGGGCAUCUGUGGACAAGGCUUAAAAAGCUACAUGACAAAGCCAUCCAAAUCCCCACUCUCCCACCUAAAGACUGGGAAUUCCUCACCUGGAAUUGGUGCUGCAUACAUCCCAGACCAAGGCAAGAACCAGUCAGCUGAGACAAAAGAGGCUAAGGGGAGAGGGUAUGAGAAAUUAGGGCCCAGUCGAGACCCAGAUCCAUUGAACAUCUGGGUCUUUGUUUUGCUGCUUGUAUUUAUUAUAGUCAAAUGCUUUACAUCAGAAUGAUGAAAAUAGGCUUGCCACCUUCUCUUGUUUUAAUUCCAUGGUAAUCAAUGAACUGGCUGCCAUUUUAAUAUAACUGAGAAUUUGCUUUGAGACCAAGCAGGAUCAAGUUUGUAGAAUAAACACUGGUUUCCUAGUUAUCCUCUGAAAACAGUGUAAAACAUGACCAAACACAUAAUAAAUUUAGUAAUAAACAUUGUCGAAUUGCUAAAAAGUCUUCAAUCAUUCAUUCACUAAGUCAUUCCGUGAUAUCAACAUAGCUCAGAAAGUGUGGUAGGCUGAAUAAUGGUCUCUCCCAACAUAUGCACAUCUUAAUCCCCAGAACCUAUAAACAUGUUACUUUACAUGGCAGAAUGGACUUUGCGGAUGUAAUUAAGGACCUUGAAAUAGGUAGAUUAUUUCAUAUUGUCCAGGUGGAUAAGAACCAGGAUUUUAUAACAGGGAGGCAACAAGCUCAAAAUCAGAAAAAGAUCUGUCAAUGGAACAAGCGGUUGAAGUGCUUUGAAGCUGGAGGAAGAGGUCACAGGCCAAAGAGUACAGGCAGCCUUUAGAAACCCAAAAGGACAAAGAAACAAAUUCUCCCCUGGAGUCUCCAGAAGGAACCAGCCCUGCCUGCACGUGGCUUUAGCCCAGUGACACUGAUUUUGGACAUCUGGCCUUCAGAAGUGCUUGCACUUAAACUUGUCUUGUUUUAAUGCA